AUGCACACACCGGUAAUCCAACGAAUGCACACACCGGUAAUCCGACGAAUGCACACACCGGUAAUCCGACGAAUGCACACACCGGUAAUCCGACGAAUGCACACACCGGUUAUCCGACGAAUGCACACACCGGUUAUCCGACGAAUGCACACACCGGUAACCCGACGAAUGCACACACCGGUAAUCCGACGAAUGCACACACCGGUAAUCCGACGAAUGCACACACCGGUUAUCCGUCGACGAAUCCACCAACUAAAAGCGUCUACAAGCAAAAGCUAAUAUGCACACUAUACGCGUGUUUACGUGAAAAAUGCCAUGAGGAAUCAUCCUGGGAUGAAGGGUCAGACGAUCACGUAUGCAGAUGGGCAAGAAAGCAUUUUUGGUUGACAAAACUAAGUUGCGGAAAUUAUGAAUGUCCCUACCAAUAAUAACAAUCAAAUCGAUGAUCUUGAUGCAGACAACUGGAAAGGCAACCGCGAAGACUACYGAAUGAAAAACAUUCCCUCGUGCACUGAAAUCAAUUCCCCAUCACUUAGUAUAGUACAAUUUUGCAUGUAAUUUUACCCARUUUCUUAAUAAAAAGCAAUUGAGCAUA